AUGCCAGCUCCCAAUAUGACAGAAACCCUGCAGCUCCCAGCACUGCGAGUCCCCGAGCAGCAGGGGGUGGAGGGUGGCCGCGCCUGGUCUAGUUCGUCCACCCCAACCCUGCGCAGGAAGCGCUUCAAGAUGAAGCGGAUGAAGAAUGUGCAGGAGCAGAGCCUGGAGGUCAGCAGGUGUCAGGAUUCUCCAUCCUCCAGCAAGGAAUACCUGCAGCUCCCCUCCAUUGAAAUCACCCCCUCCAGUGAUGAGGACACUCCCUGGUCCAACUGCUCUACACCCAGUGCCUCCCCGCGCCGCAAGCGCUUCCUGCUUCGGAAGUGGCUGCGAGUCAGAGAGAAGAAGGAGUACAGUGAGAGCAGGAGCCAGCAGUGCAGCCAGCAGAGCAGCCAGCAGAGCAGCCACGACGAUGACUCCUCCCGCUGCUUCCUGAGCCCUCACCUGCAGGAGGAGAGCACUGCCAGUAACUCCAACCGCAGCACGCCUGCCUGCUCGCCCAUCCUGCGCAAGCGCUCCCGCUCCCCGCCGCCGCACGACUGCCCGCCCGACGCCAUGGUGGAGAAGGGCUCCGACCACUCCUCGGACAAGUCCCCGUCCACGCCGGAGCAGGGGGUCCAGCGCAGCUGCUCCUCGCAGUCAGGCCGCAGCGGGGCCAAGAACUCCAAGUCACACAAGCGCCUCUCCAAAAAAAGCCAGAGUUGGUAUAAUCAUGAGAGACAGUACAUCCGGAGAGUGUUGAGUCCAACCUACAAACAACGGAACGAGGAUUUCAGGAAGCUCUUCAAGCAGCUCCCCGACACGGAGCGCCUCAUCGUAGAUUACUCAUGUGCUCUACAAAGAGACAUUCUCCUGCAGGGCCGCCUCUACCUCUCUGAAAACUGGAUCUGCUUUUACAGCAACAUCUUCCGUUGGGAGACACUGCUGACUGUUCGCUUGAAGGACAUCUGCUCCAUGACCAAGGAGAAGACAGCAAGGCUGAUUCCUAAUGCCAUCCAAGUUUGCACUGACACUGAAAAGCACUUUUUUACUUCCUUUGGGGCUCGAGACAGGACCUACAUGAUGAUGUUCAGACUCUGGCAGAAUGCUCUCCUGGACAAGCCUCUCUGUCCAAAGGAGCUCUGGCACUUUGUCCACCAGUGUUAUGGGAAUGAGCUGGGUCUGACCAGUGAUGAUGAAGACUAUGUGCCUCCUGAUGAUGACUUCAACACAAUGGGUUGUAGCUGUUCUGAGAGGUGUAAACAUAAAACCCUCUGUUCUCUGUGGCGUCUCAGCUACUGUGAAGAGAUCCCUGUGGAAGAGAACGAAGUCAACGACAGCUCCUCCAAAAGCAGCAUGGAGGCCAAGCCAGAAGCUAGCCCUCAGCUGCCAAAGAAAUCUGUCACUGCCAGCACCUUGACCUCCACAGGAAGCAGUGAAGCUCCAGCCUCGUUUGAUGGAGUCCUACCAGAAGAGGAGGAGGUAGUGGCAGAGAGUCCUGUGGAAAAAGACCUUGGCAUUGCCAAUAUCAUGGGAGAGAAGAUUGAGAUCAUUGGCCCUGUCACCUCCCCUUCCCUGGACUUCAAUGACAAUGAAGACAUCCCCACUGAGCUCAGUGACUCCUCAGAGACCCAUGAUGAAGGGGAGGUCCAGGCCUUCUAUGAGGACCUGAAUGGCCGUCAGUAUGUGAAUGAGGUCUUCAACUUCAGCGUGGACAAGCUCUAUGACCUGCUCUUCACCGACUCCCAGUUCCAGAGGGACUUCAUGGAGCAGCGACGCUUCUCCGAUAUUAUCUUUCACCCCUGGAAGAAGGAAGACAAUGGCAAUCAGACCAGAGUGAUCCUGUACACCAUCACCCUCACCAACCCCCUAGCCCCCAAAACUGCCACUGUCACUGAGACACAGACAAUGUACAAAGCCAGCCAGGAGAGCGAGUGCUAUGUGAUAGAUGCAGAGGUGCUAACUCACGACGUCCCCUACCAUGACUAUUUCUACACCAUUAACCGCUACACCUUGACUCGUGUGGCCAGAAACAAAAGCCGACUCAGGGUUUCCACAGAGCUACGUUACAGGAAGCAGCCCUGGGGGCUGGUGAAGUCCUUCAUCGAGAAGAAUUUUUGGAGUGGCCUAGAAGAUUAUUUCCGUCACUUGGAGAGCGAGCUGGCCAAAACGGAGAGCAGCUACCUGGCUGAGGUGCACAGACAAUCCCCCAAGGAGAAGGUGGCCAAGCAGGCGGCGGUGCGGCGCAGGAAGCGUGCCCACACCCACCUGCGGGUGCCGCACCUGGAGGAGGUGCUCAGCCCUGUCACCACCCCCACCGACGAGGAGGUUGCUCACCGGAUCAAGCACGUGGCAGGUUCCACUCAGACACGGCACAUCCCUGAGGAGAGCUCCAGCGGCUUCCACCUGCAGAGUGUCUCCAAGCUGCUCCUUGUCAUCAGUUUUGUGAUCUGUUUCAGUCUGGUGCUGCUGGUCAUUCUCAACAUGAUGCUGUUCUACAAGCUCUGGAUGUUGGAGUACACGACGCAGACGCUCACGGCAUGGCAGGGCUUGAGGCUGCAGGAAAGGUUGCCACAGUCCCAGACAGAGUGGGCCCAGCUGCUGGAGUCUCAGCAGAAGUAUCAUGACUUGGAGCUGCAGAAGUGGCGAGAGAUCAUCAAAUCCUCCGUGAUGCUUCUAGACCAGAUGAAGGACUCCCUGAUCAAUCUGCAGAAUGGCAUCGGGUCCCGGGACUUCGGGUCAGACCCAGAGGAGAAACGGAAACGUUUCCACUAA